UUGUAGGCUAAAUUUCACAUACCCUACCAGAUUAAGAUCUCCUUUCCUUUUUUGGAACGAAGGGUUGGAUCACAAUUUGUGAAUGCAAACUAGUUGGCUCAGUGUUUUCUUAGCAAGUGAACCCAAUUGAGCUUCAGCAUUGUUUGUUUCUGCAAGUAAGGAGGUACCACUUGAACAAUGUCAUUGUACGAUCGACACCAGUUCUACGAUUGGUACUUGAGGGACACCUUGGCUCAUCUGGUCACUGUUACAGACGAGGACAAUCGCAGCCACGUGGAGUUGGACUUCAGUACUCGAUCCCCAUCGCCAUCCUCCGUAGUAAGUGAUCAAGACGACGAGGACUCUUUCAACGAGAAUUACUUGGAUCGACGUACUCGGAGCCAAUUCUACUACGACAUCAAGAGACACACCCAAAGGUCUCCAUCACCCCCCAAAUCUGAUUCGGGGUAUUCCAAUUCCACCAGAUCAAUGAAGGGUUUUGUGGUCGGAUCACCCGAGAGCAAUAUUUAUGGCAAUCAAAGUCCGGCCAGAGCCAGGAUCACUGACGAUGAUCAGACCACCCGAAGUAACAGUCGCAUGUCCAGAGAUGUCAGUCCCAUUGAAAGACCAAAUUGGGGCUUUGGUCCUUCCCGAGUCCCCAGUCGGAUGGAGGAGGGAUAUGUCAAUGGAUAUGACUCAGAUCAAAGUAUGGAAGACAGAAACUACCGUUUGUCAAGGGCCACUACCCGGGCAGACGACGGCUAUGAGUCAGCAUCAAGGGGACGACAUCGGUCUGAACCUCGAAGAGGUCUUUCCAGAGAGAAAUCCAUUUUGGGAAUGGGAGCUCCAGGGGGCAAGCAAGCCAACGGUUAUGUUCGAACGAAAUACAAGGCCGACUUGGACAACUACAGAGCUACCAAGAUCAACCUUUUCAAGAAUGGUGAUCCCUGGUUCGGCAAUAUGGAAUAUCGAUUUGUGCUAGGACGGGAAUUCAAUAACCUGGACGGCCUCUUCAAUCAGGUAUCAAGCAAAAUGGAUUUCAUCAAUGGGAUCGCUUAUAUGUUCGACACAGAAGGAACCCGGAUCACCAGUAUUGAUCAGAUUGUGGAUGGGUGUUCGUAAGUUUGCUCGCAAAACCGAAGGUUCGUCCCAGCAAACUAUGGACGAACUGGGGAUGCCUUCGCGUUGGAUGGUGGGGCUUCAGCUCGGAGUACGAGCCGAUUGCGGAGGAUCUCAUACAACAAGAAGGCCACCAAUUCAGCUCCAACGGGUGGGAAUAAACCGGGAUCUGGAGAUGGCCGGGUGAUCAAGAUUGUCAAUGCCGAUGAUCACCAGAUCCAUGAAAGGGUGCUCUUAAACUUGAAAACUACACAGCCUUUCGAGGAUGUCAUCAAUGAUCUUGGUCAAGUGCUCAAAAUCCGAAAUGCCAUCAGACUUUACACAAAGGAAGGACAAGAAAUCAGAGGUUUUAGCCAUUUGAGGAAUGACUUCCAGAACGAGGACACGUUCAUUGUUUCUGCCAAGAGUGGGAAAUACAGGUACUUCAGUGAUGGUGAAGAGGACGAUGUGUCUCUGAUCAAUGGGAGAGACGGCCUAGCUCGUGUGAGGAAACAUAGCUCAAGCGAACCAUCCCUGGAUCACCGUGGUCGCGGACUUGUACAUGCUGGGAGUCGAUCACGUUCCACGUCCAGAGGAAAUUCCGAUAUCACAGUUGUGGGCGCCAUUGAACCCAUUCGAAUGCAAGUGGGGGGAAAUCGAGUGAAUGUCUAUCCUCCUACCAUGGGAUACAGAGAGAAUAUCAGACCCCCAAACGAGGAGCUAAAGCUUGACUGGAUCUAUGGCUACCGAGGCAUUGAUACAACCGAGAAUCUUUGGCUUCUGGAAAGCGGCGAGAUACUCUAUUUUAUUGGAUCAUUCGCUGUCAUUUACGAUCCACAAACUGAGGCUCAACGAUACUACACCGAACAUCAUGAGGACAUCACAUGCAUGAGUCUUCAUCCUACCAAGGAGUUUGUGGUCUCCGGCCAACGGGCUGGAUCCACGGCCGAUACCAAAGCCCACAUAAGGAUCUGGAAGGUGUCCAAUUUGGAGACUCAGCAAGUCCUUGGAAUGGGGGAAUGCGACCAUGGUAUUUGUGCCGUUGCAUUUUCUACUUUAAACAACGGAGCUUACGUCACAGUUGUCGAUCAGAACAAGGAAAGCACUCUCUCUGUAUGGGAGUGGUCGAAACGAGACCUUCUUGGUCGAACCGCCACCAACCAACGUGUCAUCACGGGAUGCGCCUUCCAUCCAUUGGAUAACAAUCUCAUUAUCACUUACGGCAAGUCACACCUGGUAUUCUGGAACCGUCGAAAAGACGGCUUCUUUGAACGAUCCGAUGUGGUCAAGGACAGCAGGAUCAUCAAGUGUAUCGCCUUCCUGGAGAGUGGAGAUCUAGUCGCUGGCGAUGAUGACGGAAUGAUUAGUACCUAUUCCGUCAGCAAUGAAGGAGAGUACUACCGCAGCAGUAAAUUUGAAGCCCAUGAACGUGGAGGAGGGGUGAACUGCCUGCUGAUGCUCUCUGAUACCUUGCUGAUCUCGGGUGGUGAUCGAGAUCAUAAAGUCAUUUCUUGGGAGGUCACUCGCGACUUCGAAAAACUUGUUGAAACCAAACUUUUGGACUCAAUGGGUGCUCCAAGAACGAUCAUUCCACAAAAGAAAGACAAGCCAGGAGGCGAGACAAACGUGUUCGUCGGCACGACCAACAACAACAUUUUGGAAGGGUCGCUGGAACAGAAAUUUGGAAUCGUAGUUUGGGGUCACAGAGGUGAAUUACAUGCUUUAGCGGCCCAUCCUGACGACUUUGCCUUUGUUACUGCUGGAUCCGAGGACAAAACCGUGGCAAAAUGGAAAAAGCAAAAGGUGGUCUGGAAGUUGACCCUGGGCAGUGGGGCCAAAUCCGCUAUUUUUCAUCCGCGUGGAUCUGUCGUGGUGGUAGGAAAAGAUGACGGUCAUCUAUUAGCAUUGAAUGGUGACAACGGGUCUCACAUCAUUACCGUGCGGGUGUGUGCCUCCUCACUAAAUGCGGUUGGUUUCAGUAGAGAUGGAACCACUUUGGCCACGGCGUCCCAGAAUGGUACCAUCUACAUAUACAAAGCCUCUCCUGAUGGACACGCUUACAAGAAAUACGGCAAAAUGGUGGGUGCAGCUGGGAUUCGAAGUCUCGAUUUCAAUCGCACGGGUGAGCUUUUACAAACCGUGUCGAACGAUUACGAUCUCAGCUAUUGGAACCUGAAAACCAAUCGCUCUGAACCAUAUGGUCCUGCCUUCCGAGAUGAGGAGUGGUUGGAUCAAACCGCCACAGUUGGCUAUGGGAUUGCGGGGGCGUGGCAGAACGUCAACUACCGAAAUGAUCCCACCAUCACAUGUGCCCACGUGGGCUCGAACCGAGCUCUUGUGGCAUCUGGUGACAAUAACGGAUACAUCAGAAUAUUCCGAUACCCUAGCACCACUCCACGGGCAGAAUUUCAUGAAGAGAAACCAUCUGCAGGGCCAGUCACUAAUGUUCGGUUCAUGUUUGAUGACAUUUAUUUGAUUUCAGCCUCUGGCGAGAACACCAUUUUGGUCCGUUGGAAGGUCUUCUAAAUUUUGACCCGCUCAAUCCGCUCUGCUUUGCCCCAAUCUUUCCAAUCUCGACUGUUUUCUCUCCUAAUGAUGCGAUGCAAGUCAUAUUUUCCCUUACAAAAUAUCAUACACGAAAUACCAAUUAAUAAAAACGGCUAUUUAUUCACACUCA